AACACGGGUCAGUCUGGCCAGAGCCGCUGCGCAGGGGUACUUCUCUUCUCUCACUCUCCUUUUCAUUCAUCCCUCGUCUUGAAAGAGAUAUCGGCUAUUAAAGCUACGGCGGCUGCGUUAUGGCAAAAGUGUUUACAUCUUUUUCCCAGAAUGUGAGAUAUUUGACUCGUUCGUUGGAGCCAAGGUUGUUGGCGGCUGAUCUUGGGGGUCAACCCAGGUCGAAGGUCACGACCUGCCUCCUCAGCACAGGUCGUGUUGAUAGGACGAACACAGGCUAUCCACGACCAAGGUUAUCGCCGCAGGAGGUAUCUGCAAUUUUACGUCAAAAUGAAGGCAUGGUGCAGCUGAACAGUGGAGGGACAGGAUGGACAGAACAGGGCUACACAUCAUCAGGCUCUUAUUCCAUAGAUUCUGUUGAUUCCAAUCAACUGGCUUCCAACUCUCCCAUAGAAGAUAAAUUGGCAUCAGCAAGAUGCCUGCACACUACAGGAUAUCUCUUUGGUGUGUUUGAUGGUCAUGGAGGGCCAGAGUGCAGUCAGGUUGUGGCUAAAAGACUCUUUGACUAUGUGGCCGCUGCACUUCUCCCGCGCAAGGAGUUACGUCGAGUGGUGUCUGAGUGGGAAGCGGGUAAUCGCAUACCUCUCAUCCAGGUCUAUAAUGAUCCUUCUCAAUUUGUAUCUGAACUGCAUGAAAUUUACCAAGAUUCAUUUUUGAGAUAUUGCAUUUCCCUGCUCAGUGCAUUUGAUGAAGAUUUCAGUAUGGAGGAAGUAUUGAUUCAAGCAUUUGUUCAGCUUGAUAAUGACAUGGGGCGGGAGGUAAUAGAGAAUCAGCAAUCUGCAGUGUUGGAACCAUUAUUACGUGUUGCUCUUUCUGGCUCUGUUGCGUGUGUGGCUCACAUUGAUGGUCCACAUCUCCAUAUUGCUAAUACUGGAGACUGUGGAGCUGUUUUAGGGAUGCAGUCUCAAACCGCAGGUAGUGGCUGGCGAGCACUUCGUCUAACAAGAGAUCACAACUGGGAAAAUCCAGAUGAAAUUGAACGUGUGCUAUCUGAGCAUCCAGACUCAGAGUCUGAACAUGUAAUAGCAGAUCAACGACUCUUGGGUGUACUAAUGCCCUUCCGAGCAUUUGGUGAUUUCCGCUUUAAGUGGGACCUAGUAACACAGGCUGAAAUAAUUCAACGUUACUUAGGGCCUGAGCACUUGAUUCGUCACUGCAUAACUCCACCAUACCUGACAGUUACACCAGAAGUUACUUACCAUCGCCUUCGACCUCGUGAUAGAUUCCUUUUGAUGGGAUCUGAUGGAUUGUGGGAAUGCAUGAGUCCAUUAGACACUGUCACACUGGUGGGAGAGUACAUGUCGGGUCGGCAGACCUUGCAACCUGUACGUUUCCCAAGACAGGCAAUAACACUUAGGGAAGUUGCUAGUAUAUUGGAACAGAGACAGAAAGGCCUGAACCUGAAGCCUGUGGAUACUAAUGCUUCCACCCACUUAAUACGUCAUGCAUUGGGAGGCUCUGAUGCAGGCCUUGAUCAUGCCCGACUCUCUCAUUCGCUUACACUCCCACCGGAAGUGCGGCGUUUUUUCAGAGAUGAUAUAUCUAUUCAUGUAAUCUUCUUUGAUCCCAAUUUCUUAAGAGUUUGCCCAGUGGAAAUCUAGGAUGUAUGUAGGAUUUGUUAAGUAUUUUCAGAGAAGAAAUCCCAUUUAUACUUGAUGAAGUAUUAACUAACACCAUGAUAUUUUUUUGAGGGCAAAGUAUAUAGAAAAAGAUUUUGUCAUUGAGUCCUUUGUAAGAAUUUUUAGAUAAAGCAGAUUUUUUUUUUCUUUAAAAUAUGAGAAAAAUAUGUACAUAUUAGAUAAAAUAGAACAUACAGUAAAUAUUAUGUUAAAAGAUUUUUUUUAUUGAUAAUCAUUCUUGUUAACUUCUUUUCUGGAGUAUAUUAUAGAGACACUGAUAAAAAUAUUUGAAGUAAGGGAAGAAAUGAAUAUAAGUAAAAAAAUUCUUAUGCUCGAGAGAUGUAAUUGUCUGUGAUAUAUAUAUGUACAUAGCAGUUGUGGCUUGCCCUAUGGCAUGAAGUUAAAUUUUUUUUCGGUUUCCUGGUGCUCUUACUACUCAGUAGUUGAGGAAGAUAUGAGAUAUCCCUAUCUUUGAUAUACCAAAAUAAAAUAUUAACAGACCAUGUAUUUCUGACACAAGAGAUUACUUAAGUUCCCUUGCUUGUUUCAGUGUUAUUAUAUCCUGUAACAGUGACUAGUAAUCCAUUGUUAUACAUGGGUAUAAGCUAUUAUCUUUUUGCUUUUUUUCUCUUCAUAAAUUGCAUAGAGCCUUAGAGAAAUUUAAAUACUAUUAUUUUUGUUAGGAAAAUAAUUUGUAGUCAUUCUAAACCAAGGUAGAAAACAGUAGCACAAUUUAAGAACUGAAAUGGGGGGAUUUCUACUUUUGGUUUGAAAAUUGAGGUCAUAUUUAAUAAGCAUCCAGUAUGCUAAUGACAUUUGUAUUUUAAAUAUAAAGCCACUUUUGAUGGAACUAACUAUUUCCUAAUUCUAGUCUACAAUGCAAGCAUUCUUUGCCCUGAAUAGAAGUACUGAUUGAGAACUGAAGCCAGAACAAGAUCUGAGCCCUUUUUGUGGGAAUUUUCAUUUUAGCUACAACUUUUGUUUUUAUUUUAGUUUACUAUGAGAUAUUGAUAUUUGAUUAGAACAAUCUUGUUAUUUAGUUUUUUAGUUAUCUUGUAAGAAUUAAAAACAAAAAACAAAAAAACUAGAUUGCAUUUUUUCUGUUAAUGGCUACAAAUACUCUUCAGAAGUUUAAGCAGAUUUGGGAUUGUACAAAACAUUAAGGGCAUUUUUUUUUUUUUUUUUUUAAGUAGGAUUAUUUUUCCUUCAAAUAAUCAUAUUUCAGAUGGAAUGAA